AUGAAAGCAACGAUUAAUUCUUUGGUAACAACAGUUGAUCAUAUGGCUACAGUGGUUAAUUCUCUUACUACAGCUGUGAACAAUAACCUCCCCAGGGACCAAACGGUGAAAGAAUUGGAUUUUCAAGAGCGUAAAUUCAAAGAUUGUAUUUAUAAGGCUAUUCAGUAUUAUAAGACGAAUGAUUCUGCUGCACAGGGUGUGUCCAGCAAUUGGAACGCUUUAGAAAUUAGAAUAAUCAACCCGCCACCAAAGUAUAACGUGGAAUAUGUCAAAACAAAAGUAACCGAUUACUUUUUGAGUCUUGACCUAAAUGAAUUGCACGGGAUUGAAGAUCCAGAUGUACCCAGAGAAAAAUGGUUCAAAAUGUGGGGUAACUUGGCAUACGAUAACACUUUCCACAUCAUCAAGAAGUUCCUUAUUUACCUUGGGGAGAGAUUUGGUGCCAAUGGGGUGACCUGGAAGGCAUUAAAGAGCAACAUUAAAAGUUGGAAACAAGCGGUAGCAGUUUUGGAUGGCGAAGCUGGUAUACCUACCCAGAGUGGUAGGCAUUUUGAACUCACUGUACCAGUUCUCGUUGCACCCUUGUACCUGGCUGUAGAUAAUUGGAUGGUCCGUGAGAUGGUUUGUUCGCUAAUGGGAAAUGCUAGAAAACAUCUAAUCGUAAUCUAUUAUCAUUUUUCUGCUACCAGUGAGCAACCGGUUGUUCCUACUGCCCGUGAACAAUCUGCUGUUUCUGUUUCCUUGGAACAAACAAUAAUACUUUUGCUGUUCGUCAACAACCCGUUGUCGAAAAUAGCUUUUUCCAACCGGUGA